AAUAUUAUCAUUUAAAUACUCUAUUUUCAGCGCACAAUGUACUGUGGCCUAGUUAUCAGAAACAGGCUACUCCAGCAGGGCAUAGACAUUCACACCUGUAGCCAAUUUAGCCGCCUGUCAGUCAAUGAACGCACCCAAGGCUCCCACUUGUGUGUCAAAAAAUCCUGGCUCUGUUCCUACAUGAUCAAUCAUGGAUGAAGAUUCAGCAUUGGAGAGUUAUUUUGAUGACCCAAUUGGAAAUGUACCAGAUGCCUCUGGCUUCCUGUUUGAAGGGGACCUGGGCUUGCAGGGCGCCCCUCAGCUCCAGGACCCAUCCUUUCUCUCCUCGAGCCAACCGGAGAAGGACAUCGGGGAGGAUCUGGAUCUCAGCUUCCUGCCUGAUGACCUGCCAGAGGACACCUGUGGAAAUGCUGCUACUAAUGCUAACAUGACACAAGACCGCGUGUUCGAUGGCUACAGGCCUGAGGAGUCUGCUGAGACUGACCCUAACCAGCCCGCCGUGACGGGAGCCUCUCCCUUCUGUCCCAUGACGCCUAUGACCCCCAUGACUCCAGUGGCUGAGAGUUCUGGAAUAAUCCCCAUGUUACAGAAUAUUGUAUCAACAGUGAAUCUGGCUUGCCCACUGGACCUAAAGUCCAUUGCUCUUCAAGCCAGAAAUGCUGAGUACAACCCCAAGCGUUUUGCUGCUGUCAUUAUGAGAAUACGGGAACCUAGGACCACAGCACUCAUCUUCAGCUCCGGAAAGAUGGUCUGCACAGGAGCCAAGAGCGAGGAGCAGUCUCGACUGGCUGCCCGCAAGUAUGCUCGUGUGGUGCAGAAAUUGGGCUUUCCCGCCAAAUUCCUGGACUUCAAGAUCCAGAACAUGGUGGGGAGUUGUGAUGUCUGCUUCCCCAUUCGGCUGGAGGGUCUGGUGCUGACUCAUCAGCAGUUCAGCAGUUAUGAGCCAGAGCUGUUUCCGGGUUUGAUCUACCGUAUGGUGAAACCACGUAUUGUCUUACUGAUCUUUGUGUCUGGAAAAGUGGUUCUGACAGGGGCUAAGGAACGUGGAGAGAUCUAUGAAGCCUUUGAGAACAUCUACCCCAUUCUGAAAGGAUUCAGAAAGCAAUAA